GAAAAUGGCCGCAUGGAAAGCUGGCUUUCUGAUGCUGUACUGUCUGACUGUGACAUCUGGGAUGUUCUUUGACCUGGGACCACAGGAGGAAAGGUGCAUCAUUGAGGAGAUUCCACAGGACACCUUGGUCACAGGUGAGUUAAAACCAGUCAGGCAGCUGGGAGACACACCGGAGGGUACCGCUAAACCACAGCUGACACUGCAGUCAUCCAGUAAGUCAAUCUGUUUCUGGGUUAGAAAGACAUCAGGCACCUUGACAUAUUUCAAAGGCGUUCAAUAUGUUACUAGUUAAAUUUCAAAGUACCAGUAAUGCAUAUCCUUACAUGAUUAUGACAUAACCACCCCAUUUGGCUUGGCAAGAUAAACAUUAAACUUUCCACAAAACAGUUUAAAAAGUGUGCCACUAUUUUUUACCCAACCUUGGUGUUUUAAGUGUUAUUUUUCCAACUCACUAACAAUAACAUCCAUUCUUCACUACAGCAUAUAUUUGAACAUGUGUCAGAUAUCUUCCUUAUACCAAAUACUACUGACAUGUUGAACAGGGAACAGACAAACAAGUCAGCUGCCAACUGCAUAUCAGAGCUGACUGUAGGACAACAGUUCAAUGGCAAUAUCUACUAUAUCCUUGUAGAACCUGUGUACAAAGUAUUUAUCUGAGUUCAGAACCAAAGCAUAUAUCAGUACUACAAAGCUUUAAAAUGUGUUUUUUCAGGGUAUUUUUUACUAGAGUACUGGGACACUAUGAAGAAAGACAGCUCCCCUCAUCUUGGACUAACUGUUACCGUGAGAGACCCAAGUCAUCAGGUACCAUGGUGCUGAUGUCCAAAAGGUACGGCAGUCAAGGGAAGUUUACCUUCACCUCACAUUCCUCUGGCCAGCAUUUCCUCUGCUUGAAAUCAAAUUCCACACGAUUUUCUAUUUUUGCUGGGGACAGACUGCGCCUCCAUUUGGACGUGCAGAUGGGAGAGCACACGAUAGACCCAGGAGCCGCUAGAGCCAAAGACACAGUGAAGAACAUGGAAUACGUUUUGCGGCACCUGAUCGACCAAGUCCUUUACAUUGGCAAGCAGCAAGACUUCCAGAGGGAACGCGAGGAAAUGUUUCGGCAGAUGAGUGAAGACACCAAUGGGAAGGUUUUAUGGUGGGCAGUAGUACAAACAGCCAUUCUCCUCACGGUCGGAUUCUGGCAAGUGAAAAGACUGAAAGAUUUCCUGAUAGAAAAGAAGCUUGUUUAAUUAACUAACAGAUUACCUCUCAGCUCCAAGCAUUGAAAUUUGUUUGUCUAGCAUAUAUAGAAGUAGCUAUAUGGCAGUAGCUGAGUAAAACAAGUAAUUAUACAGUUAUGUCAUAAGGUGUAUAAAUAAAAAGGUUAGGCUAUAAACUCCUGUUUCUUUUUUGUACUAUCAAAUGCCAUAUGCUUUGAUUACCAAAACUCCUGUUGCAUUUCGGCCAUUAAACAUAAAGGUCAGUAUAAAACAGUGCUGAGCUCCACUGGCGGUUGACAUCUUUUUAUAUGUGGCAGUUAAAAUUUUGCAGGCUUUCAUUAAAUAACCCAAAGUACCUUCCCCACUGUCUAAUUGUUUUGUAUUUAUC